AUGACACUCCUGCUUGGUUUGGCUGUUCUGGUGGUGACACUGGGUGUCCUCAGUUCUGCUCCUGAGGACCAGCCCUCAAAGGAUACCUUAAAACAGUUGUCCAUGGAUGGCGAGAAACUCGUGGAUGAGGAAGUGAGGAGGGCUCUGUAUGGGGUCAAACAGAUGAAGGAGGUGAUGUGGAGGAACGAGCAGAAGCAUGAACAUCUCAUGAAGUCACUCCGACACAGCAGUGACAAGAAGAAGGGGGCAGCCCAACUGGUUAAGGAGGUGACUGAGAAGCUGGAGGAGGCAGAGGAACAGUGUAAAGACUCCCUGCAGUCUGAGUGGGAGAAGUGCAGUCCCUGUUUGGAGGAUGCAUGUAAAAUGUUCUACACCUCCACCUGCCGCAGGGGAUUUGCAACUUUCCGUGUCAAGGUGGAGAGGUUCUUCCACAAAGUGUCUAGGCGCUUUGGCCCGCGGGAACCUCACAUGGACACAGAGGACAUCCUGGUGAAUCAGGGUCCUGAAAACCCCGACACAGAGGUUGUUCAUCUCGAGGAUUCCUUCAACCGCCUGGUCAGCAAGGUGGGCACGCUGGUGAACCACAGCAUUGCCCUUGUGUCCAGAAUGAGCAGCAGACUCGACAAAGUCCUCCAGAGAGCAUUCCUGAACACCACAGAAGUCUCGAUGGAAGAAACCACCUCUGAUCCCGAUGACCCAGGACGGGACUCUGGCUUCCUGCAGGGUGUGGGCCUGGAGGAGGUGCUGGACUCUUUCUUUGAUUUUGGCAAGAGUGUGGUGGAGGAGUUUGGAGCUGUGGUGACCCAGGUGUUUGAUGACCUUUAUGUGGCAGUGGAAGAAGAGAAGAAGAAAGAGAGGGAAAGUUUCUCCCAUUUCAGGAACAGGAAGUUGUGCAGAGACCUUCACAAACAGACGUCAGAGUGUUGGCAGCUACAGAACCAGUGCGAGACCUGCCAAGGAGCCCUGCUCACAGCUCAUCUGACCGAUAUUCUGUUUCCAGAGUGUCCCAGUGUUCGUGAGCUGCAUGUGGAGCUGGAUGAGGUUUCCCUGCUGCUGGACAUCUCCAAAGAGCAGUAUAAUGAGAUCCUGUCUAUUGUCCAACGGCACACUGAUGAGACAGUCGGCUGGCUUAGUAACAUGGCUGCUGAAUUCAGCUGGGUGGCUCAAGCCGUGAACAGCAGCAGCACUCCUGAAAACAUCUUCCGCGUCACCAUGGUGGCGCCAAAGAGCCAUGACAAACACAACGUGUAUGUGGCUGAGACCCAGGUGGAGGUCAACAUCCUGAACUCUCCACCACUUACCAUCUCUGUUCCCGGGGAGCUGGAUCUGCAGGACCCAGCCUUCAUCCAGCAUGUGGCCCAGAAGGCUCUGGACAAGUACAAGGAGAUGUUUAGGUAUGAGGAUGAAUAAAACCGCAGUAUUUCCUUUUCUAACCUUUUACCACCACUUUCUUUGUGAGCACAACUAGACUGCGUUCCUGUACGAUAGGCAUUACCUUGCUGAAACGUAAAUACACUG